GCAAGCAUCAAACUAAGGAUGGCAAAAAUGAGUCUCUCUUCCUACAUAUUAAUGCUGACUUUUUCUUUGUUUUCUCAAGGUAUUUUACUUUCAGCUUCCAAGUCCAUAAGAAACUUAGAAGACGACAUGGUAUUUAAUACAUUUAGGAUGGGAAAAGCCUUUCAAAAGGAAGAUACUGCAGAAAGAUCAGUUGCUGCUCCUUCUCUGGAACAAUAUAAAAAUGAUGACAGCGGUUUCAUGAACGAUGACGAAAACAAAAAUUCAAAGAACACAGGCUCCAAACAGAAUCUCAUAAAUCAUGGUCUGCCACUGAAUCUGGCUCUAAAGCCUUACCUCGCUCUGAAAGGAUCAGUAGCUUUCCCAGCUGAGAAUGGAGUUCAGAAUACUGAGUCAACACAAGAAAAGAGAGAAAUUGGGGAUGAAGAAAACUCAGCUAAGUUUCCUAUAGGAAGGAGAGAUUUUGACAGUGAGUAGCUUUUACAAAUUCAA